UAUUGUACGGUUUUACGUAACGAAAAGCAAUUUUCUAUUUAUGAGUCGUGUUAAAAGCAUCAGAAAUCGUUAUUAUUAUUAUCUUUAAAAAUGGAAUAAUAGCAGAAUGUUCGUGUUUUAUAAAGGAUUGAUUGAGUUCGUGAUCGAAUGUAAUGAUCAUGGGACUCUUUCAUUGCAAGAUAUGCACGUUUCAACUGAUAAUUGCUUCAAAUUAGAAUCACGCAAUCGUGUGCAGUAAUUUUCACGUUAUUUCCAUGUUAAAUUUACGUGUGGCUACCUUAAACAUAUGUCAGACAAUCUUUAUGCGAACCGCUACCUUCCUCAUAUGUAUGAAAGAGUAUUUUUAACGUGUGACACGUGGUUUUAUCUUCUGGCGACGUUCUUGUCAUUUAUUACUCUUUGAAUUCUCAGGAUGUCUCGAAGCGAUCAAAUGAGUCUUAUUGAAUAACGAUCGGUGAACGUUGUGUUUAUAAAUUUCAUUGAAUUUGAGAAGAUAUAACCGUAGAGAAGAUAAUGAGGAGACAUAGCUUAGCGGAAAUAGAGGAGCCGAGGAAGAAAUUAAGGUCCUACAUUAAUGCGAAAAGUACUAUAAUAGCAGGGAUAAUAUUAGCCACAGUAAUUCUUACAAUAAUAGGAAUCUGCAGUGUUUAUGGAGCCAGUAGGGACAUAGAAAUUCAAGAAAACGAAGAAAUACCACCCGAUCCGGAAACACUAUUACCUCCGUCAUGGAGCAAAUUAAAAGUUUUUAAACGCGGUGCCGUUUGUGCAGAUGCUGCACUAUGUGCUAGCAUUGGCAAAUCAAUUCUAGAAAAAAAUGGCUCUGCAGUGGAUGCGACCAUAGCUGCAAUGAUUUGCAAUGGUCUCGUGAAUAUGCAAAGUAUGGGUAUUGGGGGCGGAUUUUUUAUGACAAUUUACGAUAAAGCCUCGAAGCGUGCAUACACGUUAACCGCAAGAGAUCGUGCUCCGUUAGCUGCAAACGCUACUAUGUACGAAGGGAAGCCCAAAGAGGCGACAUUCUACAGUCCGUUGGCUAUUGCCGUUCCUGGGGAAUUGGCAGGAUACUGGGAAGCUCAUCAACGUUUCGGUAAAUUACCAUGGGUUGACUUAUUUAGGCCUUCAAUCGAACUGUGCGAAGAAGGAUAUAAUUUGACAAAAGUUCAACACGAUGGAUUUAGAUAUAAUGCAAAAAAUAUUUUAAAGGAUCACGUAUUAAAGGAAUUAUUUGUAGAUCCAAAGACGAACGACUUUUAUAAACCAGGCUCGAUUAUUAGGCCCAAAAUAUUUUGCAAAACUUUACGAGUAAUCGCAGAGAAGGGAGCUUCAGAAUUGUACAAUGGGACAUUGGGUAAACUUUUAGUACAAGACUUACAAGAAAGAGGGGCAAUAAUAACAAUGAAAGAUUUGAACAAUUACAGAGCAACAUGGGAUGAACCACUUGAGUCGAGUCUCUCCAAUGGAAUGAAACUUUUUACAGUCGGUUUACCCGCUAGUGGAGCACUUCUCACCUAUAUUUUAAAUAUUUUUGAUAGAUUUAAUUUUACAUCUGAUAGCUUAGCUGAUUUUAACAAAACCGCACUUACGUAUCAUCGAAUGAUAGAGACGUUUAAAUACGCGUACGCGUUGAGAAACGAUAUGGCCGAUAAAGAAUUCGUCGACAUGGAAGAAUUAACAAAGAACCUAACGUCGAAGACUCACGCACAAGAAACACAAAUGAUGAUAGAUGAUUAUAAAACGUGGGAUGAUCCAGCGCAUUAUGGAGCGCGCAUGUUGAGCAGCGCGAAGGAUCAAGGAACUGCUCAUGUUUCAGUAUUAGCGCCAAAUGGGGACGCAGUCUCGGCUACUAGUACUAUCAAUUUCUAUUUUGGAAGCGGAAUAGUCAGCAAAAGUACUGGAAUAUUAUUGAAUAAUGGAAUGAAUGAUUUUGGUAUACCGUCAGCAAUUAAUUACUUCGGUAUUCCACCUAGUCCAAACAAUAAUAUCGCUCCUGGAAAAAGGCCUUUGUCAUCUAUGGUACCAUCGAUCCUUGUCGAUGAAAAUGAUGAUGUAAGAAUGGUCGUUGGUGCUUCUGGUGGUACUAGGAUCACCACGACAGUUUCUCAGAUAAUGGCUAAGAUAAUAUGGAUGAACCAAACAGUGAAGGAAGCAGUGGAUGCUCCUAGAAUACAUCAUCAGUUGGUCCCACCAAACGUGUCAUACGAGUAUGGUGUGCCAAAGCAAAUAAUUGAUGGGUUGAAAAAGAUUGGCCACAAAACUGCUCGUUACAGAAUUCGUGGUAGCGUAGCUUGCAUCAUUUACACUAAGAACAAUACAGUAUACGGGAAUGCGGACUUCCGGAAAGAAGGAGACGUGUAUGGAUUCGAUGAAAUUCUUCCUAAUUAAAACGAAUGAUCAUUGGUGAACCUACUGAUAUACAGAUAUAUACAUAAAUUGCUGACGUGUUCUGGCGACUGAUCGCAAUAA